GCUGUGGCGAGCCGGUGUUGCAGCGACGCGACGUCGGUGUGGCGGUUGCACAUGGUGUGGCGGGGCAGUGAAACGUUACCACCGGGCUGGCGGCAUAGUUACACCACGACGUCGGCGGCCGUCGUCAUUCCCGUUUUCUUUACACGACGCACGCACGAACACACGCUGCGCGUCCUCCGCCUCGACGACCCGCGUUCCAUUCCAAUCCACACACGCACGCACGUACACACACGUAAAUGCCGUGUGUGCGCUCGUCGCCGUUUGGCUUGGCUCUCUUACUCGUCAGUCUCGUACCGAUCGGCCGACUAAUAGUUCCGUGGUUGUCGCUUCUGUAAUAUUUUAUCGGAACAAAAAUAAUCUAAAUAUUAUUAUUAUCGUUGUUAUUUAUUAUUAUUUCCAUCAUCAUUGUUAUUAUUGAAAUAUAUAUAAAUACAUAAUUAAAUAUUCGGUAUAAUUGUGCGUGUGUGGAGUGUAUAAUAUUAUCAUGUGUAACUGGUUUGUUUGUCGACGAAGGUUUGACUCUUUCCGAUUGCAUGUCACGUGUUAGGAAGAAUCUACGAAAAAUAAUAAUAUACUUUUUAAUAACCAUCACUGUCGUUCGCCGUUCGUGUUUUCUGUGAUUUCGUUUGAAUCCGGUGGCGCUGUGCGUAACAGUAUCGAUCACACGUUUGCUGUAAUAAUAAUAUUGUUGUGCUGCCGGCGUGGUUACGGAGCGAAAUGACCACUGUUUACAGUUCCGUGGCUGCAGCUGUCGUCGUUGUCGCCGUUGACGGCGGUGGUACAUUAUAACGACGACGACGGCGGCGGCGGCAUCGUCUGGGACGACGCCGCACGGACGACAACGGUCGGCCCGACACGGAUGCGUCCGGAAAACGUGGUGCGCACGCCGCGAUCACAUAUCAAGGUGCCGCCGCCGCCGCGCGCGCGUCACGCCGGUCGCCGGCGGACCAGCGCAGUAUUCGGUUCGGCGGGUCGGCGGAAGUAGUGGCCACCAAAUGCGAGGCGGCGUUCACGUGUUUUAUGUUCAUGUUCAGGAGGAGGCGGACGGCAUUAGCUAAACGCUUGUGGAAGGCACGGGUGCGCCGAGACAAUGAAGCCAGGUGUACGGAAAAGACCUCGGCGUCCGCCGCAGCCGCUCAGUCACCAGUAGCAGCGACGGCGACAUCACUUCCAUCAGCGCACCCGUCACCGCCAAUCGAGUCGGACGAACGGCAGUUCCGCAACGCGUUGUUUAAGCGGCUGGAUGAUAGACAGCUGGAGACACUGCUUCGUGCCGUGGACACUGGUGGCGUGGACGCGACUGAGUGUGUGGCCGUCCGGCCGUUCCUGUUCGCUGAUCCGGCGGUCAUAUGCUGUCGGCUGUGGCGGUGGCCCGACCUCAGGACCGUCGAACAGCUAAAGAACACACCAUCCUGCCAGUCGGCCAAACAACCUGAUAUGGUAUGUUGCAACCCGUAUCACUGGAGCAGACGAUGUGAAAUCGAACGACCUCCGCCACCAUACUCAAGGUUCGUAAAGGAAAAACUGAAACCUGAAGAUCGUGCACCCAGUGAAUGUAGUUGGGAUAGUAAUGAUGACGAACUUCGUGGCUCGUUUAGCACUGACGGCGACGAAAAACAAAACGAACAAGAAUGGUGUAAAGUGGCAUACUGGGAACUAUCGCAACGAGUCGGCCGACUAUUUCCCGUCGAAACAAAAUCCGUGAAUGUAUUCUGGAACGUUCCACUUGGCACGGGUCUGUCUCUGGCUGCUCUUACUCAACAUCAUUUUUCACCCUCGCAGGGCCCUCCAGAGUCUGUGAUUAGGAAUAGGACUAAAAUAGGACAAGGUCUAGCUUUAAGCCGUGAAGAAGACGGUGUGUGGGCAUAUAACCUGAGUGACUGGCCCAUGUUUGUUAACUCGCCGACGUUGGACGAUCCGGAUAGCAAGUCUUAUUUAGUAUUUCGUGUACCGUCUGGCCACUGUCUAAAUAUAUUCACCGGCAAUCCGCAUGGUGAUCGAAUACGCUAUUCAAACGGCGUGCGAGUCGGACCUGUCGACCCGAACGCCGUACGCAUCAGUUUCGCCAAAGGAUGGGGACCCAAGUAUUCCAGGCAGGAGAUCACAUCCUGUCCGACUUGGAUCGAAGUUUUGCUCGAUCCUUGCAGAUGACACAGGGUGACCGGACACGGAAUGUGAGAUAAUGAUGUUAUUCUAUAAUUCUCAAAUUAAACACUAGUUAUAAAGACUAAUUUUAUAAAAUUUGUGACUCAAACCAAAUUGUGUUAAAUAUGCCCGUUUAAGGUUCGUGUUUGUCGAUUUUGCGUAUACAUAAUUAUAUUGUCUAUACAAGAUCUUUGAGCAAACUAAAUUAUUGUUUUUUUUUUUUUUAAUUUUUAAUUUUUGUAAAAACAAAGAAUACCAUUGUGAUAUUAGUUCAGCGUCCUUAACGACAGCUCUUUUUGUUAAGGGUACGAUGCUAUUUUCAACACGUAAGGGAAACUAGAGCUUAAUGACAUCCACAUUCCAUGAAUUAAUAUUUUGAAAAUUUACCUUUUCUCCUCUAAACCCGUUUUUACAGAUAGUUCCUCCUCCAAUUUAAUAUAAACUAGGUUUUUAUAAUAUUUUUUUUUUGUGAUCUAGUCAGGAUAUUUGAAAUUGACUGUUGAUCAAAAUUGGUUAAGGAAUUCAAAUAGAAUAGCAAAUACUAAAAGAUUGUAAUUAAAUACUAAUGUUUUUUUGGCAAUUUUUUUCAUAUAAAUAAAAUUUUGUUAGAUUUUAAGAGAAAUAAAUGUGCCUUGUACCUUUUACAUGAAAAGCAUUAUUUUUUUAGAUGUUACCAAUUUUAACUAUUCAUUUUCUUAUUGUAAAAUAAAAAUAAAAAGUACUAUUUUCUUAUAUAAAACUAAAAUGUAGAUUAAAUAAUAUUAUAAUAAUAUAUUGAACUGUUGAAAUAAAAAUAUAUUGAAAAAACUGAUUUUUUCAUGGCACUUGUUUUUCACAAUUGUCAUCAUGUAAUAGACUUUUUACAAAAAGAAAAACUUUUACCAGUUUAAUAUACUUGAAUUCUGUUCCUGUCUUAUGACUUAUAUUCAUAAUUUUUAUUUUUGUUUGUUUUAAAAUACAUGUAUGGUUAUUAUUGAAAAUUAAAUACGUAAUUAUAUAUUAUUUUCUAUAUCAUCAUGUAUAUUAAAAAUUAUUAGUCCAUUUUAUUUAAUCAAAAUCUUAUUUCCCCUCUCAGCAACAUUUAUUACUAUGUAUUUUUAAUUUAUAUUCUUUAAAAUAAUGUUUUUAACAAAUUAAAUUAAUACAAAAUAAUUAUUUUCAUACUUUAAAUUACUAUACAAAUUUUUAAAUUAUUACUGACUUAUACAUACAAUAUGUAUAUAUCAAUUGAAUGUCUUGACCAAUUAAUAUAAUUGUAUUAAUUAUGUUUUUGUUUUAAUUGUUUUUCAAGCACGUUCAGAUAUAGUAGCUUAUUUGUACAAUAUUAUAAACCACUAAUACAGUUUUAUUUUAUUUUUUUAAUACAUGGGGAAAUAUUAAGUAUCAUGAAAAUAUUGUAUAUUUUAUGAAUAAAAUGAAAUUUAAAAAUGUAAUCAAACGUUUGUUUUUUCUGUACAUAUUAUGUUGUUGUAUUAUGUUAAAUGUUUGUUAGAAAUGCAUUAUGAAUUAUGAAAUGUA